UACUUCUUUAGACUCAUAGCGAUGAACAGUACUUACUUGAUGGCCGUAGUGAUAUGGUCGUUGUUGAUUUGUGGGAUUGCUUACCUGUUUUUCUAUUUCAACCGAAUCAUUUCCCACAAAAUGCCGUUGUUGAUACAUGUAGAUGUUCACAGAGUAACAGUUUGUAAUGCAUAGAAGUUAGCCCUAAUUUUUUUCUAAUGUUACCAGAUAUGUUGCAGUCGUAACUCAAGAGUUACGAUAAUGGGUCUGUUGGAACAGUUUGUAAAUACUUAUCACUUAGAGUAAGUAGGACUCUAGGAAUCACCUCUUUUAACAUUUGGACGUCAUGACCCUGUCCAAAUGUUAAAAAGAGGCGGUUCACUGAGGCCUACUUACUCGGGGUACUUGUCACUAUGGAAUCAGGCAUAACAUCUUGACAAAUUUUACAAUUUCUAGUCAGGCCACCUCUCUUUGGUUCAUUGUUUUGAGGCAUUUGUCGUUAUCACUUGCCUUUCAUAAUCCGAUUUCUAGCAGGAUACCUGCAUGUAAGUACCUUUAAAAAAGCAAAGGAAACUCAAAGCAAUAUGCAGUGUGUUGCUGUUCACAUUCACAAACCAGGCACAAACUGCCGGAUAUGCCAAUAAAUGGCUUCUACAAUCACACUGGUGCCCCGCAGGAUGAAGUGAAGGCAUGGUAAGGAUGCAUUCAGUCAUGCUAGUAAGUCUGUGGCACAAACCUAAGGAGACUGAUGAUUGGCCAGAAGGCAAGAUACUUUUAAAUAUUGCUCCGGUUUUAUAAAUCCCUGGUUUUAGUUCCCUAUCAGCAAAUUUGUUCACACUCGGCAUAAACUGUUCCAUAGUAAAAACCACCGUGUUUAAUUUUUUUAUCCCAUGGAAUAUCCUUUAUCACGUGCUGUGUAAGUGGGCCACAUACUGUAAUCAUAGGUCUGGAUUCUACUUAACUGAACCUGAUGUUUCGAUGGGAUCUUUUACUUUUUCCUGCAUUUCAAUAACUGAAGUAUCAUUCAUUUGCUUCCAGCAUUGCCCUCAGGUGCCAUUAAUGUAUCUCCGAUGAUUGGUGCAUCUUUUACUUUUCCUGAAUUUUAAUAACUGGAGUAUCAUUCAUUUGCUUCCAGCAUUGCCCUCAGGUGCCAUUAAUGUAUCUCCGAUGAUUGGUGCAUCUUUUACUUUUCCUGAAUUUUAAUAACUGAAGUAUCAUUCAUUUGCUUCCAGCAUUGCCCUCAGGUGCCAUUAAGGUAUCCCCGAUGAUUGGUGCAAAUGCAAUAGCAUUCAAUCUCACUCACCAGAAAUUUGCCUCAUUUAUGAUUGAUGUCAUUGGGCGUCUGAAACCUGUGUUCCCUUUAUUACCAGUUCUCUUCACAUCGUAACCGUGAGCGUCCACAAUUCUUCACUUGUUGGAGAAUUGUUUGGUUUACAACCUGUCCAAAAUGCCUGAACUGUGAUAUAUGUAGGAUUGCUACUCAGACCCUCGUUCAAUCAACUUCGAGCACGCAAUACAAAGUGUCGCUUCUCAGCAGGCUGAAAUUCCACUCACUGCCCAGUGUUUUGAUCAUUCUGACAUGCACAUGAGAGGUUUAGUCAGGCAAGUAGAUCAAAACAAAACGGACUUGGGAGCCCUCUCAUCUGGACUUCAGUGAAUACUAAGCCAGUUAUCAGUCAUUGAAGAUUGUGGAGCCUCCUUACACGACCUUUUCCUGAACUGACCAUGGGAUCAGACAUAUCGUCAGUGAAGUGCAGUGAAUAUCGGAACAUCAGUGAGGCUGAAGCACCUCGAUGGCUUUACACCCCAACAGAUGUCACUUUUAUCACUGUCGGUAUUCCUGUACUUUUAUGCGUUGGUGUAAGCGCAAACUUGACUUUUCUGUUUGUCUUGCUCCGCGGUCAGACAAUGCAGACCAACACAAAUGUAUACCUGGCGAGUUUGGCUCUAGCUGACCUGCUUUAUCUGAGCCUGUUUGCUACGCUCUUACUCUGGAGGCAUGUCACUUCUCCGGCAGUGUUUACCUAUCCAUUUGUGAAUUCUGCUAGUUGUUCCCUUUACUUUAUUGUGCUCAGGACUGGAUAUUGUGGAUCCGUUGCGUUUGUUACCGCAGUGACGUAUGAGAGAUACCUGGCUCUGUGCCAUCCCUUUGAGCAUCUCCGUAUCCGGGGUCCUCGUCGAGUCUACAAAAUUGUGUUAACCUGCUGGUUGGUCAGCUUGAUGAUUGUGUGUAUUACAAUACCAGAAGUGUCCCUUUUGCGCACGUGGUGUGUGCAGUGGCCCGACAGAGAUGAGUAUCAAGAAUAUCCAUCAACAGUUGCCGACUGCGUCGCUGUGAAGCCUAAGGUAAAAUAUUACAGUCCAAUGCUUCGAAGUGGUCUCUGGUUCCUCGUCAUGCUUUGUAACACUUAUAUGUACAUCAGGCUCAUACACACUUUGGUCAAGCAGGUGGCCACUGAAAGUAGGCUGGGCGUAAGUCAGAGAGCCCAACAAAGAAAAAGACAAGUAGCAGUCAUGAUCAUUGUCAAUGGGGUGGUGUUCUUCCUGUGCCAGGCACCAUAUCACGCCAUCAUAAUCGUUCAGUGGAUGUACCGCAUAGCAGAGACACCUAGUCCUAUUGACAUGGCCCUGCAAUCCAAUCAGUUCUGGGUGAGAAAUUUCCCACAAAUGGCUAACACCAUUGUUAAUCCAUUCAUCUAUGGUGCAUUGAAUGCACAGUACCGUGCUGCAUUUCUUGAGGCCUUCGGCUGCAGGCGCCGACCCAGGGAGGCACUGAACGUGCCACAUCCUCCAGAGUGUGCCAGGGAACAACAGAGGCAGCAAGAGGGCCAAAUCUGACAUUUCCAGCAAGUUCCAUACUGAAUCGAUGGUUGCCCUGACUCUGUGACUGUCUGCCCAAUCGAUCACGAGUUUGUUUCAUAUUCUCACCGACCAUUGCUCCAUUUAUGUUUUGAUGGCUUGGAGCAGAAAAAAUUUUUUUGAUGUAUCCGUUACAUUAUUACAGUACAAAAGUACAAAAGAUAAUAUAUCAUUACAUUACAUUGGAUUUGCAGCAAACAUGGAUACAACUGGUGGUCUGCAUUGAUUGCACACACUUCAAAUUACAUGUAUAUCCAGGAUAAUGCCGUAAUGCACAUGUAGCGUAAGGUGUAGCGGAAUGAAUUGUUUGAUUGGUUUUGAGGAGGUAUUUCUGAGACAGCUUUGUUUUUGGGAUUGGCUGGUUGUAUGGUUCACAGCAAUAGAGCCUUUGUGGGCUAUUCCUGAAAAAUCAAAGAUAAGUGAGAAAUUGAUAAACGUACAGAGAUAUGACAUCAAAUUGUAUUUCAGAGAAGGAACGUGUUUGUUUUUUUUCUCAUCUUGACUGCAACUGAACAAAAUAGGGACUCAUUUUCAGCAGAAUGUGCACAAACCUGUACAUAUUUUUUGCACAAAAAGAAAGCUGCCUUACUAAAAUGGCUCUUCAGCCUUAAUGCUGCAGUCAAAUAAAAUUGUUUCUGGUCAAUACUCUACUGGGCGGCAAGUUUUAAAAAAUGUUGUGUUUGUACCUUUCUCUUAAAAAUAUUUUCCACGGUUGACCACGUGUGCCUAAUUAAUGAUAUUCAUUGAAGUGUUUGUGAUAUAUACAUGUAUAUACAAGUGUACUUACACCAACCAAUAUAUUUAAUUCUAUUUAAUAGGUUAGUAAAUGCAUAUCAAUAAGUGGUAAUUCUACACUUUAUUUUAAAGACCAGAUGCGUAAGGAAAAAGUUUGCAGUUGAAUUUUUAGCUGCAAGAAAUUGAUACAGUUACGCUUGCACAAUUUUUGGCCUUGUGGAAAUGGUGAGAGUGCUUACAGCUUAGAAUGUAGUUAUGCACAGCACCUUCAUGUACAGUGAGCAAUGUGAGAUCAUCCCUAGACUAGAUCUUAAUUAUGCAGACAUGUUCAUUCAAUUGAGUAGCUCUUAUUUAAGAUUUAAACUUUCAUUGAAAGUUUUAAGCUGCUUGAAAACAAAAGUUUAAAAAUACAAAGUGUUCCCAUCCCAAACAAUUUGGGUAAAAUUAUGCAUACAGGACUCUCUAUGGAUGGUUUAUGUGGGAACAUUUCAAAAUCCAAAAUCUCUAUUUACAGAUAACUUUUGAUGGAAUUUUGCCCUAGAAUGAUCUAAAAUUGCAAUUGCUUUUAUUCUCCACUCGGAUAAAAGUUCCACAAGACUGCCUUUGAACCAUCAAACUAGAAAGCUGGAAUGUGUUUGUGCUUACAUGUACAUGUAGAUAUAUAGGUUGAAAGUGAAAUGCAGAGAUCAAAUGAUAGGGAAGCAAAGUAAUGUUUUCUUCUGUAACUUAUAAUUCAUAUUUUGAUUAUUAUGUGCAUUCAUCAACGAUGGUAGAAGAAUCAUAGAUGUACAAUUUUAUUGUUCAGAACAGCAAAAUACUAAAUGUGUUGUGAAAAAGUCAAGAACAAGUUUUA